AUGCCACAGCAUAUCUUAAUCUUAAGUAACUUCCUGCUUUCACUCGCAAUGCCCAUGAGAAUGCAAAAGGGAGGUGGAGGACUAUAUAAAGUCAACAUUUUACAGCUGGCUGUGUCUGUAACGUUUGAUUUCUCUUCUCUCGAUUUUGCUGACAAAGAUGAUGGAAAAUCAUGUAGCCAAAAGAUGGAUCUCGUGUAA